AUGUCGGUGAGCCAGCCGCAGUCAGGAAGAGGUGUGCCUUGUUUACGUUGCAGAGGGAUGUGCACAGGCUUUGAGCCACAUUCUUGGAGGAAGAUCUGUAAAUCAUGCAAAUGCAGCCAGGAGGAUCACAGCCUGAGCUCGGAUGUGGAGGAUGAUCGGAAGAUUGGGCGCUUGCUGUCAGACUCCAAGUACGCCACGCUCACUGCCCGGGUGAAGGGAGGUGACGGCAUUCGCAUCUACAAAAGGAACCGCAUGAUCAUCACCAACCCCAUUGUCUCUCGGAAAGACCCCACCUUUGACACCAUCACAUAUGAGUGGGCUCCACCAGGGCUCACCCAGAAGCUGGCAAUGCAGUACAUGGAGCUGAUCCCGAAGGAGAUGCAGCCAGUGGCAGGAACGGAGGGGGCCUACUACCGCCGGCGGCAGCUGAUGAGACAACUCCCGCUGUACGACCAGGAUCCAUCCCAGUGCCGCGGCCUCGCCGAGGGAGAGCUGAAGCUGAUGGAAGACUUUGUGAAGAAGUACAAAGCUGAGGCGCUGGGCGUUGGGGAGGUGGCUCUGCCGGGCCAGGGCGGCGCUGGGAAGGAGGAAGGGAAGCAGCAGGACAAGAGCAUUGCAGCCAGCAAACCCCCCGAGUCCACCAAUGGGGCCCUGGAGAACGUGCCUGCAGAAGGGCACUAUCGCUGCGAGACCUGCAAGCAGGCAGUGCCCGAGGACUGCCCGGUGGUGUAUGCCGACAGGGCGGGCUACUCCCGGCAGUGGCACCCGGCGUGCGGCGAGAGCCUCCGGCCGCGCUGCGCCGGCUGCGAUGAGAUCAUCUUCUCAGAAGACUACCAGCAGGCAGAAGGGAUGGCCUGGCACAAGAAGCACUUUGCCUGCCUGGAGUGCGAGACACUGCUGAGUGGCAAACCCUUCACUCUGGACAACACCAGCCUCCUGUGCAUGACCUGCAGCAAAAGCAAACACCUCUGA